AUGAUAUCCUUUCAUGAUUUCCUUCCCUCUACCACACCCAGAUAUAGAUAUAAGGGUUAUCGUGAAUCCCUCAGGCUCUUCGAAGAGGAGCAUGAUAAGCUUCAGCAUGAAGAAGAUCCACUUGGAUGCGCGUAUAACCCUUAUUUCAUUAUGGAUAUUGACGAGCGCUCCUUCCUGGAGUAUUUUGUCAACUCAGAGGAUAAAUUACUGACGCUGUCUUGGGAAAUUUAUGAUCAUGUCUACCAGUCCGCGCUGUUCAAAAUGGAGUCCUCAGAGCACGCCACUGCCGCCGGGGCUUUCAAUACUAUCUUCUCUACCUGGGCCAGGAGCGUGACCAAACCCUUUCUAUCAAAUACCGGCACCAGAACGGUCCGUGGUGUUACCUGUACCAAGAAAGCCGAUAUCUCGUGGACACCAGCGGAGGUGCCGAGUGGUCGAUCGCACAAAUGGCCAACUUUUGUUGGUGAGAUUGCUUGGUCAGAACCUCGCUCAAAGUUGAAAGCAGAUAUAAAGUUUUGGCUAGAAGACCCGGAGAGUUCUGUGAAUGUCGCCAUAACCAUCAGUGUGCUCCGCGGUCGGAUUUUGAUCGAGAGAUGGGAAGUUUCCGAUAAUAAGUCUCCAUCGCCGACCCAAAAGAUUGAAAUUAUCCGCAAUCCCAAGCCCGGCUGCCCCCAAGUCAGUGGCCAGUUCGAGAUCGAGUUCUCCGACGUUUUUUUAAGGGAGCCCAAGCCUAAAACUAGGGAACGGAAUUUCAUCCUUACAAUAGCGGAUAUGCAUGAGUUAGCGGCUCAUGUCUGGGAAUAUCAAUAUCAAUUCCCAGCCGGCUAA